AUGCGAUUCCACUCUUUCUUUCACAUCGCCGUGCCUUUACUGGCAACCGCAGCUUCCGCUGCGGAUGGUCCGAUAGUCGACCUGAAAUAUACCAAAUAUCAAGGAACAUUCAACUCGACCUUGAAUCUCAACAUAUUCAGAGGAAUCCGCUACGCAGCCCCUCCAACAGGCGACCUCCGCUGGAAACUCCCCCAAGACCCAACACCCAGCGGCACAAACACAACCAACGACACCCUCACCCCGGCCACAGCAAACCCGCCGCGAUGCCCAUGGGCCCGCCGCUCCCUCCAAUACCCCAAAACAGCAGCCGAAGAAGCCGCCCUCCAAAACUUCGCCUUCGCCGGCGACGAAGACUGUCUCUUUCUAAACAUUUUUGCCCCCGCCGGCGCCACGGCCCUGCCGAGACCUCUUCCCGUGGUGGUAUGGAUCCACGGCGGCGGGUAUAACCUCGACUCAGCGUCCUCGUUUGACUUUUCAUCGCAAAUCACGACGAAUAACAAUAGCUAUGUGGCGGUCGUGAUCCAGUACCGUCUCGGUGCAUUUGGGUUCCUUUCGUCGGAGGAGCUUGUGAAAGGCGGCGGGGUCGCGAAUGCUGGGCUGUGGGAUAUGGUUCACGCGUUGCGGUGGGUGAAGACGCACGUGGAGCGCAUCGGCUGCUCCACAAACACCACAUCCUCGUCCCUUCUUUCCUGCUUGCAGAAAGCAGACUCUCUCACGCUUCAAAACGCAAGCGACUGGGUAAGCACCCAAGGCCGCUACGGCCAGUGGGAAUGGCGCCCCGUCAUCGAUGGCAAACUCGUCAGAGAUACCCUCACGCAGGAGCUCUCCCAGGGCAAAGCCGGCGUCAACGGGAGACGGGUCCUCACCAGUAACGUCGCGGAUGAAGGACCGUAUUUCACGUGGCAGAACAUUACUACCCAGGCACACUUUGUCUCGUUUCUGCAGAGCAACUACCCCGCGCUCUCGGCGGGCAAUGUGUCGGAAAUUCUUGCCACCUACGCGCAGAAACACGAGGCAUUUCUCACAGCCAACUCGAAGGAUGCGAAUAACACGGACCCGGGUUUCAGCACCAACGGCCUCGAAUCACCCUACGCGACAACGGUCUCGGACUACGCUACGGGCUGGCAGCAGGUCGCCAACAACUUCUACGCCGAGGCAACCUUUGUGUGCCCCUCGCACUGGCUUGCUAAUGCCUACACUGCCAAGGACGGGGCGAGAGCGUGGCGGUAUCAGUAUAGUGUGCCGCCGGCGUACCACGGCGUCGACAUUGGGUCCGGAUCGGCUGUUGAUGUGUUGCUUGCGCCGGUUGAUACGCCCGGGACGGCGGUGACGAUGCCUAUGCGGCGGGCACUGCAAAAUGCUUGGGGCCAGUUUAUCACGCGUGGGGAGGACUUGGUUCUUGGUGGGAGUGGAGGAAGCGCGACGGUAUGGUCGCAGUGGAAGGAGGGUGGAAGGGGAGUUGCGAGUAUGUUGAAUGCGAAUAUGACUGGUGGAGUGCCGGUUGCUAUGCACCUGGGGAUGCUGGGAGCCCGCCGCUGGAGGCUGUGUUGA